UUCGACUCCAAUCUUUGUAAUACGAUUCGUGACGUCGGUCAUCAUUUUGGAACGGAACGAGCCAAGACCCACCACGGCACCAUCACUUUUUUCUCCAGAUUCUUACACUACGUCGUUCCCGUCGUCCCAGAUUUUCACGUGCUUGCGCGUGUUCACUCUCAAGCUGACUUCUCGGGCUCCCCUCCUCCCUCCCUUCAAAUAAACCAAUAACUCAACUUCUCCUCCAUUCCAACCCACACUUGCGCCGCAUUCCAGCUACGGCGCGUGUUUGGCCAAAGAAAUCAUGGACGGCAAGAACGCAUCGGGCCGCCGCAUCUCUCUCCUCAACGACAGCGCGGAGCCUCGUCCCUUGCCCAUCCGCCUGCCCUCCAUCUCCCCGUCUUUGCGCUCUAGAACCUCAAGCUACACUUCCUCUCCCAUCGGCUCUCCGCCCACUCCCCAACUAGUCCGUAGUGAUUCUUCUGAUUCUACAGCCAUGCGAACCCCCUCCCCCAUCACCCCGGAGUUCACCUUCGAGGGUCUCCCAUCCGCCAACAUGCCUUCCCCAGUCUUUGCUCAGGCCAGCUUCUUCCCCAGCCAAAAGGACCUGAAUGCUGGCUACUCAGCAGCCAUCACACACUCGACUGGUCCUCUGCCCUACCAUUCCGCUGCCCCGCAGUAUGCGCCUCAACAAUCAGUGGAGAACCUCCCUGCUGCGCCAUCCGCGAACCCCCGAUCGAAGAAGAACAGCUACCCGUGCCCAAUGGCAAAGCAAUUCCACUGCAACGACUACUUCACCACCUCUGGCCAUGCUGCGCGUCACGCUAAGAAGCACACGGGCAAGAAGGACGCAUUCUGCCCAGAGUGCAACAAGGCCUUUACGCGGAAGGACAACAUGGAGCAGCACCGUCGGACGCACCAGAGCGGUCGCAAUGCCUCCAAGACCACCGACAGCGCCGUGAAGAAGGCGAAACAGCAGGCCAAGAGGCCGAAGCCGACUCCUCUUCCAGCAGCCAUGCCUUCCAUGCCUUCCAUCGCGACGCUGUCCAUGGUCGACCCCGCGCUCUCCUCUGCCAACAUCAAUGUCAUCACACCUACCCUCGACAUGGCUGGCCCAUCUCUGUCGCUUACGGAUUCUUUCAGCUCAGCAUAUCCCGAUCCCACUGCUUUCUCAAUGGCCCACAACUACCCCACUGGCUCUUCGUACGGGCUUGAUGCUCUUGCGAUAGCAGCCAGUGGCGAGAAGCGCAAGUAUGAGAUCUGAAGAAGCCUUUGCCGUCUACAAUUGCCAAUUUCAAUGCUGGCGUCUUUUUAAGCGUCGGUCGAAAAAUCCACCGAGGUCGAAUAAAGUUCAUAUUUUUUUCUGCGCGCGGUCCGGCCAGGUCCGCGACGCCAAAGAAGUACUUGGCUUCGUGCAUGACAGCACGGCGAUGAAACGCCGGUUGGGAUCUUUU